AUGGCCGACCUGUCCACUACCCUCCCGCUUACCCGCGCCUCGGUGCAGGCCGCCCAUGAGCUGAUCAAGCCGUACAUCCACGAGACGCCGGUGCUGACCAACUCGACCCUCGACCGGUUAGCCUCGACGCCCCGGACCGAGGCCGAGCUGGCAGGCUCCGAGUGGGCCGGCCGCACCCCCGCGAAGCCCGUCAUUCGUUUCUGGUUCAAGUGCGAAAACUUUCAAAAGAUUGGCGCCUUCAAGGCGAGAGGUGCCUUUCAUGCCAUCGAGCGGCUGAAGCAAGAGCCCGGGGUGGGCUGA